AUGACUUGGUUCCAACAAGAAUUCAGACCGGUUGGAGAGUUUGCAUUGAUUACCGGAAGCUUAACUCUACCACCCGAAAGGACCAUUUCCCCUUACCUUUCAUUGCUCAAAUGCUUGAAAGAUUGGAUGGACACUCUCACUAUUGCUUUCUUGACGGUUUUUCAGUGCAAUGCUCCAGCCACUUUUCAACGUUGUAUGGUAAGUAUAUUCUCAGAAUAUGUGGAAAGCAUCAUAGAAGUGUUUAUGGAUGAUUUUAGCGUGUAUGGUGAUUCUUUUGACAAGUGCUUAGAUAACCUUACACUUAUUCUUAAACGAUGCGUAGAAACUAAUCUUGUGCUUAAUUGGGAAAAGUGUCACUUUAUGGUAAAUCAUGGGAUUGUACUAGGCCAUGUUAUAUCCUCUAGGGGGUUAGAUGUGGACAAGGAUAAGAUAGAUUUGAUCCGGAACUUACAAUACCCCACAACUGUGAGGGAGGUUCGCUCUUUUCUUGGUCAUGCAGGUUUUUAUAGGAGAUUCAUCAAGGAUUUAUCCAAGAUUGCAAUGCCCAUGUGUAUACUUUUGCAGAAAGAUGUGGCCUUUGAUUGUGACAAAGAAUGCAAGGAAGCUUUUGACACCUUGAAAGAGUUGUUAACUACCACACCAAUUAUCAAACCACCGGACUGGAGAAAGCCAUUUGAGUUGAUGUGUGAUGCAAGUGAUUAUGCCGUUGGAGCCGUGUUGGGACAACGAGAUGGUAAAGUUCCAUAUGCCAUUUAUUAUGCUUCUAGAACUCUCAACGGCGCACAAAUCAAUUACUCCACUACUGAAAAGGAGCUCUUGGUCAUAGUAUUUGCACUAGAGAAGUUUAGAUCUUACUUGGUGGGUACAAAGGUGGUGGUUUUCUCCGACCAUGCUGCACUUCGAUACUUGCUCACAAAGAAGGAUGCCAAGCCAAGGCUCAUAAGGUGGAUUCUUCUCCUUCAAGAGUUCAACUUGCAAAUCAAGGACAAGAAGGGCAGUGAGAAUACCGUAGCGGAUCAUAUAAGCAGAUUGGUUGUGUCCGAAGAAGCGAUUCAUUUACAUGAUAGUUUCCCGGAUGAGCAACUAUUUGCGGUUGUUGGCACAACUCCAUGGUACGCUGAUAUUGUUAACUUCUUGGUGACGGGACAAGUACCUAGUUCCAUGUCUACAUUUCAGAAACACAAGCUCAAUAAGAUUGCCAAGAAAUAUAUAUGGGAUGAACCUUAUUUGUGGAAGCAUUGCUCUGAUCAAAUGAUCCGCAGGUGUCAAAGGACAGGCAAUCUAGGUACUAGAAACCAAAUGCCGCAAACACCAAUUCUCGCUGUUGAGAUUUUUGAUGUUUGGGGUAUCAAUUUUAUGGGGACUUUUGUGAAUUCCAAUGGGAAAUUUUAUAUACUUCUUGAUGUAGAUUAUGUUUCUAAGUGGGUGGAGGCUAAAGCCACCCCGACUAAUGAUUCUCAAGACAGCUUACUAGACACCAUCAAUAUGUCUCCUUUUAGGCUUGUCUAUGGUAAACCUUGCCAUCUUCCGGUUGAACUUGAACACAAAGCUUAUUGGGCUAUCAAGGUGCGGAAUGAGAAGAGAAAUAGAAAGCUGGUGAUGAAUGUUUAUGAAGGCUACAUGCAGAAUAACUUUAGGGUGAUGCUGUUGAGUGUUGCAGAAGCUGAGAAAGAUAUUGAAGUGCAGUGGAGUGGAGUAUGGCCUGAGUCUGAGAAGUGGAAUGGUUGCAACUGUUGUUUGCAUUUUGAAGAUUCUGUAAUUGCAGAUGGUGAUGAGCUUCAGGUUACAAGGAGGAAUACAGAGGCAUCAUGGCGUGGCAUUAAGAUUGGCAUGUGCAACUAUGGCCUAGGCCAAGUCGAUUCAGCUGAGUCAGGGAAACUGACUCAGUAA